AUGGAAGUUGAAAUCGGAGUCAAGGUUGAGGUCGAAAUGGAAAUAGGGACUCGACGGCGUUGGGAUUCGGAAGCCGUGUUGUUCUGCUGGGAUGAAUUAGUAUGCCGGUGUGUCGGAUUCGCGGCCGUUGUCAUCGGUGGCUCGUUGCUCGAUUGGUUGUUGCUAGCCUGAUUGCUGUUACUAUUGUUCAUCGGCAGUAGCAUUUGACCAUCGCCGUGAGCCGACGAUACACCAUAGCUUCGUAGCCGGUAUUGCCGUUGUUGCAUCGAUGGACAGCGGCUUCUAGCAAAAGUACUCCUGCGUUGCUGCCCACCACCCGUCGUACUGCGUAUAUUAAUCCCAGGCUUUCAUCAGUAUUUUCGUUAUUGACUGCAAGGACCUGUACACGGCACCUUCUUUUGACAGCACCUUGCCUUUGCCUUGGUAUCUUUUUCUGAUGUCACGGCAUAUUGCUUACUAUGACAGUCUCUAUUCAACUUGUACGUAUCGUUAAAAUCAAAUUACACGCGUUCGUUAAGCUAACACUCUGUGCUCUUUUCACUGUACCAGUUCAAGUCAAUUGCAAAUCUAAAAGUGUCGUCGCAGAAAUUCAAAUUUUUAAUAUCUUUUCUUCUUUUUAGAUUUCUUUCGGAUCACAAUCACACGUGAAUUAUAUAGUGGAGAACAUCACUGAAGCAAUAACCAUCGAUUUCCAGUAGAUUAUUCUUCACUGUUGUUGAUAUUAAAAUAUGCAAAGAAUUCACAGUGGGUAAACAUUUUGCACGAUUAAUUAAUGUUAAUUUAAAUGUAAGGUUUAAAGGUUUACGAAUGUGCUCUAUUUGCCUAUAACAAAAUAUAUUCAUGAAUUCAGUUUUGUUUCAUAUGAAACAAGUAAAUUGUUGCAUUUACAUUAAUUUAUUACAUCAAAUGUAAUGAACCAAUGCAUGAAUAAAAAUAUUUCACAGAGCACCUGAUUAGUCAAAAAUAUACAUGAUUUCCUGAAGGAAUUAUUAUAUUUCAGCAUGAUUGAGAUCCUAAGCUCACAGUAAAACAACGACUCGCACAGAAUCUGAAUUUCAAUUCAAUUGAAAAUCUGUAGAGAUUUUUGAAGUAAAAACUAAAUCGUCGAAUAAAUAUUAAUCAGCUUAAAGUUAAAAAGCUUGGCUACGAAAAUCAUCAAUUCAUUAAUUUCUUGUUGAAAGCAACUAAAAAAACAUUCCCAUUAUUAGAAGAUUGUUUAUGUUAGUUUUAAUUGUUCAAAAUGUUUCUAUUAUAUUCAUUUUUUGUAUGUAUAUUUUAACAUUCUUGAUAGUAAGAAUUUACCUGUGAUUAUUGGUUCAAUUAUACUCUCUUCACUGUAUAUAAAAUAUUUCAUUUUCUAUUUCUAUUUUCUAUUUUGUUAUAGAUCAAUUCUGAAUCAAUAAUUUCUGUAUCAGAAUUAAUGGAUUUCUAUUAAUUAUACAUUACAAUUACAUAGAUGGAAAUAUUUAUGAAUAUUUAAUUAUAAUUAUAAACAUCCAUUAAAAUAUCAUAAAAUUAUAUGUACUUUGUAUUUAUAGAAUUUCUGCGUCGAGUGAAUUGAUAUUCACUGUCGUGAUGGAAUAUUCAACGAAGUACUGAAUAAAUAAUGAACAUUGAAAUUCUAUAAUAUCGAAAAACAUUGCUGCUUGAUAUUAACUUACAGCGCAUUACGAUAGGCAAUGUUUUCUUUUUCUUUAAUCAUACAUUAAACAAGAAACUAAACUUACAAUUCAUCUAUUUGCAUCAUUUUUUAUUGUACCAAAGAACACACUUAGUAAAAUAUGAUACAUUAAUAUUAAGGUAAAAAUUAAAAUGUAAUAUAUGUACAGAAGCAAGAAACAGCAUGCAUUUUAGUUAAAAGGAGAAGCAAAUGCCUUAAAAGAUAAUUGGUUUUACACAUACACACAUAUAGAGUCAAACUGUCACAUGCAACUUGUCAUGCACUUCUUCAUAUAUAUUACUUGUUACUUAUAAAAAAUUCAUCUGAAAAUGCUAAAAACAUGACACUUAAAGAGUGUAAAUAAUAAUUAUUCAGUAUCUAUUCAGUCAAAUAAUUAUAACUUUCAUAUUUCAGUUGAAUGAGUUUAGCUUUUUAUCAGUUGAAAAUAGGUACAUUUUAAAAAAACAAAGAGUAAAUUUUCAAAUUUUUUUUUAAUUUUCAGAUAUGUUAUAGAAGAGAAUGUCCUGAGUAAAAUGUAUUUUGUCUAAGACGUAGUUCAGAAGUUCUGAGAAGAAGAAAAUUGCACUUGUUACAUUGCAUUUAUUCAAAUAUAAAUAAUCUCUCUACAACAUAUUUGAAAAUUUAAAAAAAUUGGGUUUAAGAUGCCCUUUAUCAGAGUUUUAUCUAAAAAAGAUAAAUAAAUAAAUAAAUAAAUAUAUUUAUUUAUUUAUCUUAAAUAUAUAUAUAUAUAUAUAUACACAUAAUUAAACAAAACGCUUGUUUCAACAAUAGAUCUGAUAUUAUUCGUUUAAUAUUAUAUAUAUUUAAUAUUAUUUUAAUAUUAACAGUGUAUGA